AUGCUUCCCCCAAAUAGCCUUAUUCUGAUUACUGGAGCGACGGGCCAUAUUGGCUCAUGCACGCUGCUGCACCUGCUCAGGGCGGGACACCGCGUCCGCGCUGCAGUGCGGUCGGAAGCGAAGAUUGUUGCAGUAUUGGCGCGGCCGCAAAUACAGGCGCUCAAUCUCGGAUCCCGACUCACCUUUACAGUCGUUCCAGACAUCACAGCCGCCGGGGCGUACGACAAUGCCGUGCAGGGCGUCACACACAUCAUCCACAUCGCAUCGCCGCUGGCCACCAGCGGCGUGCCCCCGGACCAGCACGAUGCCUACUACAUCCAACCGGCGGUGCGCGGGACAAUGAGCAUGCUCGAGGCUGCCAACUUUGGCGGCACAGUCCGCCGCGUCGUCAUCACCAGCUCCUUUGUCGCCCUGGUGCCCGUGGCGGAGAUGGAGGGGGCCAAGAAGCGAGACCGUCGGCGGCCCGUGACGCCGAACGACCGCAUCCCGUUUAUCAAGGGCCCGUACCACUCCGAGUUCGCGGCGUACGCGGCGUCCAAGGUAGCGUCCCUGCGGGCGGCCGAGGAGUGGAUGGAGCGGGAGGGGCCGGCGUUCGACGUGGUGUACCUGCACCCGGGGUUCGUGCUGGGGCGCAACGACGCGGCGACGACGCACGCGCAGGCGAUGCAGGGCACCAACUCGGCGGUGCUGGCGCUGCUGCUGGGCAAGAAGUUUGGGCCGUACGCGGGGGCGACGGUGCACGCCGACGACGUGGCGCGGGCGCACGUGGCAUCGCUGGACGCGGCCGUGCUGGGCAACCAGAGCUACAUCCUCAGCCAGCCGACGCGGUGGAACGACGCGCGCAAGAUCGCCGAGCGCGAGUUCGCCGACGCCUUCAAGACCAAGGCCCUCGUCAAGGGCGGCAGCGUCGCCACAAUGCAGCUGCCUAUCGACACCAGCCUGACUGUCGAGACGUUUAGCUUCACCUUUGCUUCCUACGAGGAGCAGGUCAAGAGUGUCGUCAGCCACUACCUGGAGCUGCGCGCGCGGAGGAUGUCGGGCGUGCACAUGGUCGCGCCGAACUCGCACUCGCACUCGCAUUCGCACUCGCACGCGGUUCCGACAAAACAGGACGUCGUUGUGAGCGUGACGGCGAUUGCGUGUUGA